AUGGCCCCAACAUCUGAAAGCUAACAUAAGACAUAUUCCACUUGGCAAAACGUUAUCUUUUGUCCAAACGAAACGAAACGAAACUGAACCAGUAGAAACUCCUCAACCUGUUUUGCGAACGCAAGCAGAACUCGCGUGCUAGAAGGAAUUGAGACUUCUCAAAAUGAGGUCAAUAUCUCAACUUCAAUCUGCGCGGUUUCAUCUGCAUUAUUCCCAGCCAAAACGCAGAAAUCAGCUUGAAAAAGCUCCAAAACUGUUGCCAUUCCUAUCAAGCAAUGAUAAACCUGUGAAGCAACAGUUUCGCCGUUCACAAGGCCGGACCAAGGCCAUCCGCAGUAGUAGUACUUCUCACCUUAUUCUCAGUCUCACUUCCCCGGCGGCGGCCAAGUCCCCCGACAUAUCGACAUUGAUUCAGAUAAGUGCAAUACUUCUGGUUUUAUACUUCCUAUCGAAUUUCGUUGUGCCGGAUCUUCUCUCCAAAUAUUUCGAAUUUGAUAAGGCGGAUGAGAAUCAGAAGGGAAGGGAUGAUAGUGAUGUUGAAAGAUGAGAAAAGAGCAAGAGGAUUAGGCGUUCAAAGGAGCUCUCUCCACCAAAGAAAAGGGAUUCUACGGCAACAAAUUUGAAUAUGGCAGUGUGGCUAAACUGCUUGGUGGAGCUUUUUAUGUUGGUAAUUGGAAAAAGAUGAAAGAAGGGCCAUUUAAUUAGGAGAAUCUGAAUGAUUUUGUUUUGAGUAUGGAAUUGAUAAACGCAAUUUUUUUUU